AUGUCUCCAAAAUGCCCAGACAGACUGUUACCAAAGACCCAAUGGAAGAAUCAGGAUCAAUAUGUCAAUUAUGGGAAGAAGUUCAAUCUUAAUCAGAUUGGAGCAACUAUCCCAGCUACUGUUCCAGCCAUAGUUCCUGGAGCUUCAGCAUCCACAAGUGGAGCAUCAAGUGUUGUGGGAAGCGUUAACACACCUUUGCGACUUGCUGGUACUACAGUGCGCCAAGGAUUUGAUGCAACUCAAGCUCGAACUCCGCAAGCUGUGAAAACUGGAUAUUUUGAUACGUCAAAUGUCUUUCACGAUGCUAUCAAGGGAAAGGAUGAGAAUGGCAAUGAUGUCUAUCUUAUUCCAUGUCCUGCUGGUACGACAAAUGUCAAACUUCAAGCCGACUGGCACUAUGCUAGUGAAGAUGAAGAUUUGCCUGAUCUUGCUACUGAAGCAGAUCGAGUGGUUGUACAAACACCACCAUUUUGUAAUGGUGAGCUCAUGUGUGGACUCCGUCAUGCUGAGAAAGAACUUGAAAUGCACACUUACGUGGGCAGCAGAGUUCUUGACAAAGAAGGUUUUCUAGGAAGAUUUCCACCUCCAGUUUAUCACGAUGAAGAUGGAAUUGCCAAUGUACUUGCUAUGCGCGAGAUGAUUGCUGUGGGAUACCGCAUUACUUUGGAUACUGAUGCUGACAAUGCUUUUAUUGUGCAUUGUGAUAAAAACAAAAAGAUGCAAUUUGUGAAUUGUAAGGGUGUGUAUGUGUUGGAGCAACUUGGAGCAAAUGUUGAACCAGGUGCCAAAAAGGCAUGUGCAAUGUACCGUUGCCAGUUAAGCAACUCAAAUCAUCAACCCCAUGUCAAACUUUCUUCAAACAAACAGAAUGGAUAUGCUGGACUCGAGAUGACCUCCAAGAUGGCAACCGUUCAAAAGAACAAGGAAGGAUUCACUCCAAGACAAGUCAAGGCUGUUGGAUAUAUUAGGAUUUUUUAA